GGCGUCGAGUUUGUGUUCGACGCAAACGCAACAUCAGUUCAGGCGGCACCACGAUCGAAACAUUUCACUAGUAUUCAGCUCGAGCGACAAGUUGGCGAGCCACUCAAUAUAUCUUGUAGGAGUCUAGUCAUAGCAGCAGGACCUUAGUCCCCACGCAUCUUCUCGACAAUCUUCCCAAACACAUCUCUCUAAUUACCAAUGAACUCCACAGCCUCCGCCGGAAACCACCUCCGCGUCCGCACACCCAACGGGAAGCCAGAGGACGAUCAGAAAGGAAGCGAGCAAGUCUUCUUCCAAAGCGCCAUCCCGGGUAGACAAGGUCUCGAUAUCGCCAGUUCCCCCAGAGGUCAGUGGUAUGUAGGCGGAUGGGCAAAUAUACCGGAAGAACUCCAGCAACUUGCAAAGGAUAUGCACGCACAAUCGUCUGAGAUUGAGAAUAUGAAGGAGGUUGUGAAGAGGUGUUUUCACGUACCGGAGGAUGAAGAUUGGGAAAUCUUUGCGGAGGGAAGGUGCUAUAGGCCGCUUACGACGUUUGAACAUCCUAUCAUGACGAAGGUGGACUGGGAUUUGGUCAGUAUGGGUGAGAGCUCCCAGGCUAUGCCGCUUCUUUCGAAGCAAAAGGGGGAUUCAGUGGAUGGCCGCUAUGAAAUUGGUGGUCUGUUUCUGAAAACGGCCCACUUCGAUGAUGGUAUCACAUUGUCGCUCGAGAGUGGGAAAGUCAUGAGCGAGCUACUGUUGUAUUUACCACCUUCAGUUGACGUUUGGGUACUGGGAAUGAGCUGA